GGCGGUGGUGUUUCUUCCUUGUGGAGCCUUUCCUGCUACUGGAGACUCAACGGUGUGAAGUAUGAGUAAGCACGUGAGAUCGCGAUUCGAAUGGAAAAUACUAGUAGAAGAUCCAGAGUCUUCAGAGCAAGUUGCACCUGUGGCUGCCCAGCAACCCAGUGAUGAUCAAGCACAACAAGAGGAGCCACCAACUGAAAGUCAGGAUAUUACACCUGAUCAAGACAAUGAAGAUGAAAGAGCACCUGUGGUUCCAGAUCCUGACCUAGAAACUGAACUCCAGGGACUGGCUCUCUGUAAGACUGGGCGUGAGGACAACGUCAAAGGAGCAAGUUUCGCAAAGUUACAGCCCAUUCCACUGCCAGCAGCAGGACCUGACCCUGAAACUGAACUCCAGGACCUGGCUCAGCCGAACACCGGGGAUGAGGGCAGAGAUGGUCCUGAUGCCAUGGAGGACGUCUUACCAAAACUAGAAUCCAUUUACAUGCCAGAAGCAGAAACUGAUGUCCAGGACCUGGCUCAGCCGAACACUGGGGAUGAGGGCAGAGAUGGUCCUGAUGCCAUGGAGGACAUCUUACCAAAACUAGAAUCCAUUUAUAUGCCAGAUGCAGGGCCUGAUCCGCAAGACGAUCUCCGGGAAUUGGCCCAGUCAAAGAUUGACCGUGAGGGCAGAGAUGGUCCUGAUGUCAAGCAGGAGGUUGUACCAAGACUAGAAACCAUUCGCAUCCCCAACACAGGGGAAGGGCAACCACAGGACUAA